AUGGACCAUUGGCACGUGAGACCCUGGCAUGGCUUGGACCCGGAAGGUGCAGAAGGCGACCAGCUCCCGUUUCCGAUGUACACGGUCUCUAUCGACAUCCUGCUGCAGAUGAAGGAAGUCAUUUGCCACGAAGAUCUCUUGGCUUCUGGCCAGCUGACGCAGUUCGAGGAGAGCUUGGGGAACGCCAUGUUCGUGUCGCACCAGUGGCUUGCCAACCACCACCCGGAUCCCGAAGGAGAACAGCUGAAGGUGCUGAAGGAUGCCUUGGGCAACAUCCGAUCAGGUAAGAGCGACAUCCACAUCCCCGUCGUUACCGAGAUGUUCUUUGGCCGAGUGAAAAAGCCCACGCCAGAAAGUUUCACCGGCAAGUCCACGUACAUCUGGUACGACUUUUUCUCCUGUCCUCAAGGCAUGGAUGGUGAUGCCCCGAUCUAUCGUCAGCAGGCAAUCGACACCAUCGUGACAUACAUCUCUCGGUGCAAGUACUUUGUGAUCCUGUGCCCAUCGCUGAUGCAUGCAAACCAGCGGCAGCUGCUUGGUCAGGACACUUGGGCGAGCCGCGGCUGGUGUAGAACGGAGCGCUUAUCCCGGGAACUGGCUGCUCGCGAGGAUGGGGCCACGGUUGUGAUCGAGAGCGGCUCACGUCAGUACCUGAUGAUCGACGCACGCAAGUACCUGGAUGCACCAGGGUCCGGAGAGUUCACGCACGAGGAGGAUCGGCGCCGAAUAGCGAACGUUCUUGUUCAGAUGGUUUGGAAGAAGCUGCGGUACUUGCUGGACCAGGGUGACUGGCACGGCUACCGGUUCCUCCUCAACACGCAACCCCCAUGCAUUUUCCAAGACCUUGCUGUUGCACCAGUGGAGGGUCUGAUACCGGGGUUUGCAUUGCAGACCGACCCUUUCAUUGACCCUUCCGCAUGCACCGUGGAGUGGUUUCUGCACGAGAACGGAUUCCAGAGAAUUGACGAGCGCGACAAGUCCGGAUGGACGCCCUUGUGCUAUGCGGCCAUGUCGGGAAGUGCACACUUGGUGGAGUCCUUGCUGAAGCAGCGGGCCAACUGCAAUGAAAGGCUCACCAAGCAGAAGCCGGAGUUUGCCAUCUCAAAGGGGGUGCCCGUUCUCUCGUUGGCGGCGCUCUUCCACAGCAACGAGGUUAUCAGGGUACUGCUGGCUGCCAAGGCCGAUGUGAACGCCCGCGAUUCGCGAAAGACGAUCCCUUUGCACUGGGCAUGUCAUGCCGACAAUCUCAGCGCAGCCCGCGUUCUCCUUGCCGCUGGGGCUGACUUUCGUACCACACAGUCGGGCGGCUUUGAUGCCUUUGCCUGUGCUUGCGGCUCUGGAGCGGCGAAGGUCGCGAAAGAGCUGUUGACCCUGAAGCCUCAGGUGAGCCUCCAGUACCGGCUGCAUCAAGCCUUGAUCUUCUACAGCAACUCCACCGAGGUGGUGGUCACCCUCAUUGAGGCAAGAGCAGACGUCAACGAACAGCUCCACCUCACUUCGCCUGUGUUUCGGAUGCUCUUCACGGCUCUGAGCCUCCGACACUACGUCAGCCCGUCUCUGUUGACAAACCUGGCCUAUCAUCACAAGCUGGCCACGCCCCUCAUGCUGAGCAUCCUGAACGGCGCGUUCGGCGCCACGCGCCUGCUUCUGCAAGCGGCCGCAGACGCGACCAUGCGCAACAGCCGGGGGAAGACCGCGCUCGAGUUAGCCAAGCAGGAUGAAUAA